AUGGCAGAUAAGAUUAAGAAAUUUUUUCAAAAGAAAAAAGCAGAUGCUAAAUUUAAGCUAGCUGGUCCAGGCCACAGGUUAAGUGAAUCUUCUAUAAGUAAUCAAUCAGUUGUAAAGAAGGAAUCAACUGUGGUGAAAAGAAGUGGUUUGUCUGAAGAAAGUAAAAUAGCUGCAGAUGCUGCCUUAGCUAGAUUGCAACAAAAAAGAGAUAAUCCAGCAUUUAACACCUCAUUAGCGGCUAUUAAGGCUCAGGUAAAAAGGGAAUUGGAAAAUGAAGAAAGCCAUUCAAAAGCUGAGGAAUUAGUCGCCCCAAAAGUGAGGCAAGAAAUUGAGACUGAAUUACCAGGAAACUUUGCUGCAUCUGGAGUAUUCUUUAAGUGUCCCAUAAUAAGUAAUGACAUUCUACCAAGAGACGAAUGGAAACAGAAUAUUAAAAAAUUCCUCUAUGAGCAAUUGGAAGAAGAAAGAGGCCUCACAGCCUGUCUUCUUAUUCAAUCUUGUAAUAACAAUAGAGAAAAGAUAGAUACCUGUGUGGAGACAUUAUGCAAAUAUUUGGAAAACAUUAUCACAUACCCUGAAGAGGAGAAGUAUCAGAAAAUUAGAAUGUCUAACAGGGCAUUUUGUGAUCGAGUCCAGCCAAUAGAGGGCGCAUUAGAAUUAUUGUUAGCUGCCGGCUUCGUUCAGCAGAAAAUGGAUAAUAAUGGUGUAGAGGAAGAUUAUCUUGUAUUCCAAAAAGAUAAUGUGCCCUCUAUUGAGAGUUUGACGACAUUAAUAGACGCACUCCGUUCAGCCGAGCCGAUUCACCUAGAAUUAGAUCGAAAUCUGCAAGUGCUUCUACCCUCACAAGCGGCCACAAAAGUGCAACUACCCCCAUCGUUCUAUGCACUCUCUAUGGAGGAAAUUAAAAGAGAACAACAGUUGAGAGCUGAAGCGAUCGAAAAAUCCCAAAUGCUUCGCACAAAAGCUAUGCGGGAAAAGGAUGAACUUAGGGAAAUGAGGAAAUACAAGUUUGCCAUAAUUCGGAUACGGUUUCCUGAUGGAAUAUUGUUACAGGGAACAUUUUCAGUGUAUGAAAGGUAUAUGGAGAUUCACGAAUUCGUGCAAGAAAACCUCGAACAUAGUGGCUUACCCUUUAUCCUAAAUACGCCAACCGGUCAUAAGUUACUCAUUGAAGAAGAUGCGAAUAAGACCCUUAUUGACUUAAAGCUAGUGCCGGCGACAGUGCUUAAUUUCGCCUGGCACUCUAAUGUCAUCGAAGAGAUUAAUAAUAGUCCAAAUAAAGAUGUUUAUUUGAAGCCAGAGGUUAUGGUUUUGGUGCGAGAAAUGUAA